GGGGGGUGCCCAGUGGCCCGUGGAUACCCCGAGUGCCUCUGAGAUGCGGAAGAAGAGCCUCCAGGUGGGCGGUUGGAGUGUGGAUGGAACACCGGGGCUUGCAAUGCAGAUACGAAGUGCGUAAGGUGGGACCAUGCAGGAAGUCCAGGAAGCUCCGAGACGAGAUGUGGAGACAGAAGGAAAGGAUGUGGGGCUUGAGGAGCUCUGGGUGGAGGGAGAUGAGGCCGCAGGGCGGGUGCCGGACGAGCUGUGAAGAGAGAGCAGGGGAGGCAGAGCGGGCAGCCCCUCUUCAGCUCUGCUGACAGGUUGCCCAGGCAAAGCUGUUUGGGUGCCCGUUUGGGUGCUCAGUGUGGUGGCAGGUAAGCUCCUCUGUGGUGUUACCAUAGGUUGCAGUCAAAUCCCUCCUUCUCUCUCUUCCCCUAAUUGCGCUCCUGCAUUUUUUUGCUGUGGCCGACGUGUUUGGUUACCCAAUUGUAUGGUGAGGAUGAAAAGGGGAAAAAACAGGCUCAAGAAAAUACGUCAGAAAAUAGGUUUAAAAUAUUGAGGAAGUGAUGUUAGCAAAUGAUACGUAAAAGGAAAUACGGUGCAUGGUGAAAUCCUCUUUGUUCCCAGUGCCCCUCAGUGUUCUUUGCCUGCGUGCACUUAAGACCAGGAAAAGCCGCUGCAGGGCUUGUCCCGGAGUCCAGCCGGGACCCUGCUGUCCUUGGACCUUGAUCCGGAACAUGGUGGCGGUGCUGGAAGUCAUCUCCAGCCUGGAGAAAUACCCCAUUACCAAAGAGGCGCUGGAGGAAACUCGACUUGGGAAGCUCAUCAACGACGUCCGCAAGAAGACGAAGAACGAGGAGCUCGCCAAGCGGGCCAAGAAGCUGCUGCGGAGCUGGCAGAAGCUCAUCGAGCCCGUGCACCAGAAUGAGGCGGCGCUGCGGGGACUGGCGGGGGGCGCCGGCUCCGCCAACGGGGGUGCUCACAACUGCCGGCCGGAGGCGGGGGCGGCCGGCACGCCCAAGAGCAUCCACGACCUGAAGAACCGCAUUGACCUCCAGAGGCUGCGGGGGCAUCGGCUGGACAGGCUGGGCAGCCGCAAGCGCCGGGGAGACCAGCGUGACCUCGGCCACCCCGGGCCACCUCCCAAGGUCUCCAAGGCGAGCCACGACUCCCUGGUACCCAACUCCUCCCCCCUCCCCACCAACGGGAUCGGCGGGAGCCCCGAGAGCUUCCCCGGCCCCCUGGACGGCAGCGGGCACACGGGCCCCGAGGGUGGCCGCCUGGAGCACGGCGAGAACGACAAACACGGCGGCAAGAUUCCCGUCAACGCGGUGCGGCCGCACACCAGCUCCCUGGGCCUCGGCAAGCCGCCCGGGCCCUGCUUGCAGACCAAGGUUGCGGUGCUGCAGCAGCUGGACCGGGUGGACGAGACUCCGGGCCCCCCCCACCCCAAGGGGCCGCCUCGCUGCUCUUUCAGUCCCCGGAACUCACGGCACGAGGGCUCCUUUGCCCGGCAGCGGAGCCCGUACGCGCCCAAGGGCUCCACGCCCAGCCCCUCUCCGCGGCCCCAGCCGCUCGACACCACGCAGGUGCCGUCGCCGCUUCCGCUGGCCCGGCCGUCCACGCCCCCCGUGAGGCGGCUCGAGCUGCUGCCCAGUGCGGAGAGCCCGGUGCGCUGGUUGGAGCAGCCCGAGGGCCACCAGCGGCCGGCAGGGCAGGGCUGCAAAGUGGGGCUGCCGCCGGCCGAGCCCCUGCUGCCCCGGGCCGGCUUCUCCCCAGACUCCUCCAAGGCGGACAGCGACGCUGCCUCCUCUGGCGGCUCGGACAGCAAAAAGAAGAAGAGGUACCGGCCUCGUGACUACACGGUGAACUUGGACGGGCAGGUGGCCGAGGCGGGCGUCAAACCCGUCCGGUUAAAAGAGCGGAAGCUCACCUUUGACCCCAUGACCAGACAGAUCAAACCUCUGACCCAGAAAGAGCCAGUGCGGGCUGACAGCCCCGUGCACACAGAGCAGCCCAGGACAGAGCUGGACAAGCCCGAGGCCAAGGCCAGCCUCCAGAGCCCUUUCGAACAGACGAACUGGAAGGAGCUGUCGCGCAACGAGAUCAUCCAGUCCUACCUGAGCCGGCAGAGCAGCCUGCUCUCCUCGUCGGGCGCGCAGACCCCGGGCGCCCACCACUUCAUGUCCGAGUACCUGAGGCAGGAGGAGAGCACCCGGCGUGGGGCCAGGCAGCCGCACGUGCUGGUGCCUCACAGCGCGCCCACGGACCGCCCGGGGCUGAGCCGCGAGGUCACACAGGACGAUCUGGACAGAAUCCAGGGCCACCGGUGGCCUGGGGUGAACGGGUGUCAGGACACACAGGGUAACUGGUAUGACUGGACGCAGUGCAUAUCGCUCGACCCGCACGGCGACGACGGGCGGUUGAACAUUCUGCCUUAUGUCUGCUUGGACUGAGCGGCCCGGCGGCCUCUCGGUGCGUUCCCACCUUGCAGUCAGCACGGCGGGCGGGCUGCCCCCCGUGCUUGGGAAGCCGGGGAGUCCGGCCCGGGGCGGAGGGAGGGGGCGGGAGUCUCGAGGUCUCUCCGAGCCCUUCCCUCAAAAUUCUCCUUCUUUUGUGAAAUGCUGCUACCAGUUUACUAACAAAAUUGCAAAGGAAGGACCGUGUGGAAGGAAGGCCGGCAAAGUGAGUUCAGAACUCUAUAGCGAACCAGCUAUAAAAAGCGUCAGUUCCCCACCCCGGAAGCGGUGUGGACACUUCCCGGCACCUGUAAGCUGGGACCUCAGUUGCAGGCAGGCACAGAAAACCUGUGGGAGAGGUUACCUUUAAACACAGCAACAGAAGCACGCAUCUCAUCCAUUUGCGUUUUCUUUUUCUAAAUUUGGCCCUGAGUGUGUGAGGCAGUGGGUGUACGUGCACCGUGGCCUCUGUUUGCACCCCCACCGGCCAGUGCUUCAGUUACGGUGCCAGAAGCUCGGCAGCCGCAGCGGCCAGCUGGCCGGCUGCUGUGACCUGCGCUCCAUGGGCAUCCACACGUUUUUAUCUGGUUUCCGUUGAGACCCGGUUUUGAAAAAAAAUGCUGCAAAAAUUUAAGUGUUCUAGGAGUUUAUUUUAUCCGCCUUUUCCAUCUGACCAUCAGCCAAAUAAGUUUCCUUUCUUUCUCCCUUUUCGUUUUCCCCUUCCUGCACAUAUCUUGAAAAGUUCACCUUUCCAGAUUCCCCCCUCCCCACCCCCACCCCAAAGACAAAAGUAAUCGCGGGUGCUACUGGUGUGUAAGCUGUACUGUUGGGCAAGAGGAGACCUGUCUGUGCGCUGGAAACACUCAUAACCAUUCCUUUAGAUUCGUUUGCCUUAUGGUUAUUUGUCAUAAACGCGAUUUGCAAAAACAAGGAGCCUUAGUGAAUGUACAGUACCUAGACUUCUGUGUUCUCAGGACACAGAAGGGAGCAACUUUGCUAUUUGGUCCAGUAAGUGGACAACUUGUGAUAUAAAUGUGGAAAUAAAAAAAAAAAAACCAUUUGCACAAA